AUGGAGGAGACAGGCUUUAAGGGUGAAGUGGAUGGAGCCAGUGCAAGUGACAGCAGCAGGGAUGGCACAGCCAGCCAGACCACAGAGAAGGAUCUGGCUGGUGCAGCGAAGGAGACAGCCUUUGUAACGGGCAGUGAGAGUGCUCCCCCUUGCAAGACCCCGCUCAUCUGCUGCGCAGACGGCCUUGAUCAGGACACCUUUAAAAUUUGCAAGGAGCUUUUCAGACCUUUCAAGAAGUCGCUUAGGAAACUGCACCUGCCCCAGCACCUCCCCACAGAGAAAAAACUGAAGGACAUGAAGGAAAGCUUGACGGUAAUCGGGGACCGCAUCGAUCUCUUUCUCCAGCGGUACUGCAGAGCCUCGGAAGUGAAGCACUGGCAGAAGAUGUUCUGGCGGUUCAUCUCCCUCUUCUCGGAGAUGGAUGCAAAGCAGCUGCAGAAGCUGCAUAAGUACAUCAAGAGCAAUCGAAUGGAUAAGUUUCUGGAAUUAUACUGUCCUUCAGAAAACCUGGAUUCAGUUCCAGAACUCAAAGAACAGAAACUGAAGCAGCUUUACAUCAGCUGGGGUCUCAGCAGAGGUACAACACACCUGCAGGAACACCAGGGUCAACAAGACGGUCACCACCACCCCAUCUGCAAAGUCACCGCCCAGCAGCAAGAAUGA